AUGUCUUUCAAGGGCAAGUCGGUUAUUGUGACCGGUUCCAGCUCCGGGAUUGGCCAGGAAUGCGCACUGUUGUUUGGAGAGGAAGGUGCCUAUGUUACUGUUCAUGGGCAGUCGCUGGAAGGGAUCAAUGUGAGUGCUUUGAGUAAAAAUGUUUGAAAUUUUGCAACAACUGUCAAGUUGGCAAAAAUAUUAUUUUCUUGUCUUACAAAAGCUGAAAGUUUCUUGAAAAGCGGACGAUGAAAUUUUUCGGAGAUUUUGCAAAAUUGACUUUAUUCUUUGAAAUUUUUAAGUUGGAGCCUUUCAGGUAUGACCGCGAAAUUCAGCGAUCCUUAUUUGGUUUAUUUAGGGCUUAAAAUGCCACCUAAAGUUCUAAAAUUUUGUAUAGAAUCCACUAAAAAAGUUGCUGAAGAUUUCAAGAUUCACAAUAAAUACUAGUCGGGACAAAAAGUCCUGAUAAUUUUGCACCGUGCGGAUUUUGCGCGGUUUUUGUCGCACUCUGAAAAAACGAUUUGUCGCUCCGCAAAAUGGGAAUCGCGCGCGACAAUAAGGCAAAAACAAACAAAAUGCACUGUGCAAAUGCACUUUUCGGGUCAAAUGCACCGUGCGAAACUCUUUUUUUCGCGAUUUUCGCAGCGACAACCCAAAACGUUCAAAUCCGCACGGUGCAAAAUUAUCAGGACUUUUUGUCCCGACUAGUAUAAUAAAGUCUUUAUUUCUUCUUACAUAAAAUAUUCAGGAGACUAUCGAGCUGCUGAAAGAAGCCGGCGUCAAGGAGACGCAUUAUCAAUACGUUCAAGGGCCGAUUCAGGACGAAAAGGUUCAAGAUGAACUCUUUGACAAGACGGUCGAGAAAUUUGCCAAAGUUGACGUGCUGGUGAACAAUGCAGGACUUUGCCAAGGCCCUGGCUUGGAACAGGAGUCCAUGGAGAACUUUGAUUAUGUGAUGAAUGUCAAUUUGAGGAGGUAAGGACAUAUUACAGCAAAGUCUUUGUAUAGAGAAUCUCCUACAACGAAGCUUUUAACGAACAAGUUUUAUGAUCACAAGAGUCAAUUUUUGGCCAAAAUUAACCUCGGUAAAAUGAAACCUCCUAUAGCGAGUGAUUUUUUAUCACCUGUAAUUUUUUGUUCACAGGCUACUAUAUUGUCUACAAAAAAGAAUGGCUCUAACUAUCUACAGUGGGGGACCUAAUCCAGUGGCAAAAACGCGCUAUUUUGUAUCCGGGAAGUAUUAAAAAUGUGGCAAAAUUCUUUCAUCUCCAAGUGUAAAAACUUCGUUUCCAAAAGUGCUCUUUUUGUGAGGAAGUGAGCUCAGCCUUCAAAACGAAGUUUUUUCUCUUGGAGAGGGAAGCAUUUUGCCAUAUUUUUGAUACUUCUCGGAUGCAAAAUGCUGCGUUUUUUGCCGCUGAAUCGGAUCACUGUAAUACUCAACAUUUUCAGUGUGAUCUCCAUGACUCGGAAAGCGGUUGAUCAUCUCGAAAUUACUCACGGAAAUAUCGUGAACAUCAGCUCCAUUGCGGCUGAAAUGUGCUUCCCACCAUCUCAACACUACUGUGCCAGCAAAGCGGCGUUAAGUAAUUACACGAAAAACUCGGCGUUACAGUAUGCCCACAAAUUUAUCCGAGUGAACGCGGUUAGGUGAGUCAACUUGCAAAACAAACGACAGACUUUUUUGGCAAUAGUGUUUUGAGUGCUGCCUGUAAAAAAUGGAUUUUUUUAUGAAAGCAGAGGUUUGGCAUUUCUAAUAUUCGUAUUUCAGCCCCGGCUCCAUUUACACCAAGUUCCGGCUUCGUCAUUCGGACAAUAAGCAAGAAAUCGAUUACAUGUACGAGAAUCGACACGAAUGGAUCCCCAUGAGAAGAACGGGGACAGUCCGAGAGGUGGCCAAUGUGGUCGCGUUCUUGGCCUCCGAUAAGGCCUCGUACGUAACCGGCUCCAAUUAUGCGGUGGACGGAGGCGCCUUGGCUGGGAAGCCAUUCGAGCCAGUGUAUGUCUCGUGA